AUGAAAGUAUUAGGUCGACUCUCAUGUCCCCCUACCCCACUUUUCUAUAUGCUUUGAAGUGUCUCCUUCCCUUUCAGUUUUCACCCCUUGCCUCAAAAUAUCUCAUCAGGACACCACACCAACACCCUCUUGUACUCUAUAAUGGCUUCUAAGAUCUUCUUCCUAUUUCUCCUCUUUCUAGCACACCCUCAUCCACGUGCAUUAGUGAAUGGAGAUGCUAGUUUGAUCAAGAGAACUUGCAAGAACACCAAGUUCUACAAUCUAUGCUUCUCUUCCCUCAAAUCUGAUCCAACCAGCCCCAACGCAGACCCUAAGGGCCUAGCUAUGAUCAUGAUUGGGAUUGGAAUGACAAAUGCCACCUCCACUUCUUCCUACUUGUCUUCUAAGGUUCUUAGCCCCACCAACAACACAACCUUGAAAAGGGUCCUCAAGGAGUGUGCAGAUAAGUACAGUUAUGCUGGGGAUGCACUCCAAGCUUCGGUGCAGGAUUUGGCUAAUGAGGCUUAUGACUAUGCUUACAUGCACAUUCUUGCAGCCAAAGAUUACCCAAAUGCUUGUCACAACGCUUUCAAACGCUAUCCUGGUUUGGUUUAUCCUCUUGAUCUUGCUCGUAGAGAAGAUGGUUUGAAGCAUAUCUGUGAUGUGGCAAUGGGGAUUAUAGAUAAUCUCGAUUGGUAGGUGCAUGCAUUUGAGUAUAGCUUCCACUUUGUUAUGCAAAUCAUGGUAUAUCUCUGGUGUUGAGUUUGGCUACUAUAUAUCUUGUUAUGUUCUUGGUAUAAUAUAUUGGACAUAAAUGUAUUAGUCUAUUUGAAUUUAAUUUAAAUAGUUUUCUUAACGUAUUUA